AGGGGGACGACUGUGAGGUGAUUAGUAAGGGGGACGACUGUGAGGUGAUUAGUAAGAGGGACGACUGUGAGGUGAUUAGUAAGGGGGACGACUGUGAGGUGAUUAGUCAGGGGGAUGACUACGAGGUGAUUAGUAAGGACGACUGUGAGGUGACUUGUAAGGGGGACGACUGUGAGGUGAUUUGUAAGGGGGAUGACUGUGAGGUGAUUAGUAAGGGGGACGACUGUAAGGGUGAUUAGUAAGGGGGACGACCGCGAGGUGAUUAGUAAGGACGACUGUGAGGUGAUUAGCAAGGGGGACGACUGUGAGGUGAUUAGUAAGGGGGACGACUGUGAGGUGAUUAGCAAGGAUGACUGUGAGGUGAUUGGUAAGGGGGACGACUGUGAGGUGAUUAGUAAGGACGACUGUGAGGUGAUUGGUAAGGGGGACGACUGUGAGGUGAUUAGUGAGAGGGACGACUGUGAGGUGAUUAGUAAGGGGACGACUGUGAGGUGAUUAGUAAGGGGGGACGACUGUGAGGUGAUUAGUAAGGGGGACGACUGUGAGGUGAUUAGUAAGGGGGACGACUGUGAGGUGAUUAGUAAGAGGGACGACUGUGAGGUGAUUAGUAAGGGAGACGACUGUGAGGUGAUUAGUCAGGGGGAUGACUACGAGGUGAUUAGUAAGGACGACUGUGAGGUGACUUGUAAGGGGGACGACUGUGAGGUGAUUUGUAAGGGGGAUGACUGUGAGGUGAUUAGUAAGGGGGACGGCUGUAAGGGUGAUUAGUAAGGGGGACGACCGCGAGGUGAUUAGUAAGGACGACUGUGAGGUGAUUAGUGAGGGGGGCGACUGUGAGGUGAUUAGUAAGGACGACUGCGAGGUGAUUAGUGAGGGGGGCGACUGUGAGGUGAUUAGUAAGGACGACUGCGAGGUGAUUAGUAAGAGGGAUUAGUAAGGGCGACUGUGAUGUGAUUAGUAAGGGCGGCUGAGGUGAUUUGUAAGGACGACUGUGAGGUGAUUUGUGAGAGGGACGACUGUGAGGUGAUUAGUAAGGAGGACUGUGAGGUGAUUUGUAAGAGGGACGACUGCGAGGUGAUUUGUAAGGGGGAUUUGUAAGGGGGACGACUGUGAGGUGAUUGUAAGAAGGGCGACUGUGAGGUGAUUUGUAAGGGGGAUUUGUAAGCGGGGCGACUGUGAGGUGAUUUGUAAGGGGGACGACUGAGGUGAUUUGUGAGGGCGACUGUGAGGUGAUUUGUAAGGGGGAUUAGUAAGAGGGACGACUGUGAGGUGAUUUGUAAGGGGGAUUAGUAAGAGGGACGACUGUGAGGUGAUUUUAAGGGCGACUGUGAGGUGAUUUGUAAGGGGGAUUAGUAAGAGGGACGACUGUGAGGUGAUUUGUAAGGGCGGCUGAGUUGAUUUAUAAGGACGACUGCGAGGUGAUUAGUAAGGGGGACUGUGAGGUGAUUGUAAGGGCGACUGUGAGGUGAUUGUAAGUGGGGACUGUGAGGUGAUUUGUGAGGUGAUUGUAAGUGGGGACUGUGGGGGGCAAAGGUGACCGCCCCCCCUCCACCUCGCCCAAAACACCCUGACGAUCCGAGUUUGUAAGUGUAACAAAAGGGCGGGAAGAGGAGCGAGGUGAAGUAAGAGGCGCGAGUUGAGCCACUCGGGAGUUCAGGAGGAGAGAGAGAGAGGGUGGAGGUUUGGGUUGCGCGCUCCCACCCGACGAGCCCGCGGCCAAUCUUCUCAGGCAAGGUCGGAGGGCUCGACGAGGCCCUUAGGUCGCCCACCGCAACAGCAGCAGCAGCCGCCGCAGCAGCCGCUGCCGCUACCGCAACGACUUGGGGGUUGUUAUCGUUGUGGCUGCCGCCUUGCUUAACUCGCUGACCCCAACGCCGUCGUCGCCGCCGCAGUCGCCACACGCGGUGAAGGAGAGGCGCGAUAAGAGCGGCAGAGCAGAGAGCGAGAAGAAGAAGGAGGAGGAGGAGCGAGGCGAGAUGGCGGAGGGCGCGAUCAUCGAGAACAUGAGCAGCCGAAAGCUGCUGGCGGUGGGCGCCGUGGUGCUGCUGCUGCAGACGCUGGCCUUCCUCGUCGGCGGACUUAUCUCACCGAACCCGACUGCCGCCAUGCGCUACCUGGCCACAAAGUGCGUGCGUGAGCGCGACUCGGGCCCCAACUCGUGGCUGGAGCCGUGGGGACCGGCGGCAUGCGUGAAGCUGCGUGAUCUGGACGAGGCGACGGAGCGCAGGAUCGAGGCGAACCGCAUCGUCUUCAGCAUCCACAUGCCCCACCCGGGACUGGAGAUGAACGCCUGGUUCCAGUACCUGCUCGUCGUCCUCGAGUUCGACAUCCAGUACUGGAAGCACAACCCCAUCGUGGACAAGGCCGAGGUGACGCUGGAAGUGAAGAUGGGAUACAAGGACAGCCACGCGGACAACUGGACGGAGCUGGCGCGCUCGGUGGAGCAUCGGCGCCUCAACUGCCAAUUCAGCCACACCAUGACGUCAGAUAACGAGGGCCGCCUGUAUGAGUGCGAGAUGCUGCCGCUGCUGGAGCUGGGCUCCAUCGGCCACAAGUAUUACCUCGUCAACAUGCGCCUGCCGACCAGCGAGCAGCGCAACAUCAACAUGGGCAUCGGCAAGAUCCUGGACAUCAACCUCACGGGCAUCCACCAGAACGGCGGCUUCACGCAGGUGUGGUUCGCCAUGAAGACCUUCCUCACUCCGCUCGUGCUCGUCACGCUCGUCUGGUUCUGGAGGCGCCUGUCCCAGCUGGCCCGGCCGCCCGUGCUGCUCGAAAAGAUGAUCUUGGCGCUGGGCGUAUCGAUGACGAUGAUUAACCUCCCUCUGGAGUGGCUUUCCGUGGGGCUCAACUGGACGUGGAUGCUGCUGUUUGGAGACAUCCGGCAGGGCUUGUUCUACGUCGUGCUGCUCUCCUUCUGGAUCAUCUUCUGCGGGGAGCACCUCAUGGACCAGACUCAGAGAAACCGCCUUGGAGUUUACUGGAAGCAAGUGGGAGCCAUCGCCUUCGGGUCCCUGUCCCUGUUCAUCUUCGACAUGUGUGAAAGAGGUGUGCAGCUGACGAACCCAUUCUACAGCAUCUGGGCCACGGAAACAGGGAGCCACCUGGCUACGGCGUUCAUCGUGCUGGCGGGCGUGUGCGCAUGCCUCUACUUCCUCUUCCUCACUUUCAUGGUCUACCAAGUGUUCCGCAACAUCGGCGGCAAACGCUCCUUCCUGCCCGCCAUGUCUCGCGUGCGACGGCUGCAUUAUGAGGGUUUGAUCUUCCGGUUCAAGUUCCUGAUGCUGACCACCUUGGGCUGUGCUGCUCUCACUGUCAUCUUCUUCAUCAUCAGCCAGGUGAACGAGGGUCACUGGAAGUGGGGCGACCGCACGGUGCACGUGAACGCGGCGUUCUUCACGGGCGUGUACGGCAUGUGGAACAUGUACGUCUUCUCCGUCAUGUUCCUCUACGCGCCCUCGCACAAGCGCUACGGGGAUGCCGACCGCUCCGAAGGUGACAUCGCCCUGGCCCACGGGGAGGAGCUGACCACGGCGACGACGGCGUUGGCAGGAGGCUCUAACACGGCACCCACCGAGGUCUACCGCCUCGCCGGCAAGGAGGCGCAGGAGUGAUGCUGGCGUUGCCACGGUGACGACACGGCGACGUUACGGUGUCAUCACGGCAACGACAUGGCAACGACGACGCGUAGACUGCCGCGGUGACGUCACGGCGUCAUCACGGCAACGACGACGCGUAGACUGACACGGCGACGACACGGUGAUGACACGGUGACGUCACGGUGACGUCACGUAGACUGCCGCGGUGACGUUACGGCGUCAUCACGGCAACGACGACGUGUAGACUGACACGGUGACGACACGGUGACGUCACGGUGACGUCACGUAGACUGACACGGUGACGACACGGUGACGACGCGGUGACGACAAUGCUUGGAGGGGGAGACUCGAGGCAAUUAGUCCAAACAGCAGCCUGAACCCAUUGGUUUGCACGUUCAUUUUAUCCAAGGUUCCGGAAAAUUGUAAGAAAUCUAAAUAUCUACCAUCUCCCACAUCUGCAGGCUUUUGGAAGCGGUCUACCGCGAGGUUAUCCACACCGAACAUGCUUUGGCGUCAUUCCACUUACGGGCAAAGUCGCACAACGCCACGCUUUGGUGCUUUUCACUGCAACCCAAUCGGAUUGCCGGAUUACUCUUGUUUUUGAGACCAUCAUAAUCUUCCAAGUUAUGAACGCACUUUUAGGCCGGUCACAACUUUGGAAUUGGGCGAGAGAGCGGUGGGGGCGCGGUGAUUUUAACGCACCGCGCUAUGAAGCCGGUGAUAAUCUGCGCUGGCCCUGUGCUCCCAGCCCUCCUUCACCAACCCCAGCAGUGGACGGUGUGUUGAAGUAUGACCAUAAAAACACACGCACGGAAAUUGGGGGGCGGGGAGAGGUGGUGAGGGAGGCCUUCAUCGUCGUUCCAUCAGUGGAUCGCUAAAGCGCUGCGCGUUAAAACUUUGGAAACAAUGGCACGGUGGCCGUUGCUGUGUUUCCACAUGGAGGUAGAAAGAGACGUUGCCACUCGGAGGAAUCGAAACAAUAUGUUCUUCGCAUUACGUGCACAGCCAUGUACGCGCGCAGCCGUUUUAUCAAUCCACUGCUGGGUGAGGGGCCUCCUCACACGCCACGUGGAUCGUGGGGGUUGUUUUACCAUACUUCACCAUGCUAGUUCAGUGCGGGAUUAGUGAAGGAAAGGGAGCAUAGAAAGUACAGUCUUUUACGUAUGGCUGCUGAUGUAGACGCAGGGCAACGGCUACAAUUUCACCUUCAGGUGGUCAAGCCAGACUUACCGCGUGAGGAGCAGCGGCGGAGUUGUAUCGCUGCGAUGUAUCCUUCGUAUUUGUGGAUCGGGCGUUGCAUCGUUACAUACACGGUGUACUACAGUCUGUUCUGGAUGGCUACAGUGUGCAUGUCGGAUAGUUUUUAAUUUUACAUUUGUGCUUCAGCUGCCAUGCUUUGUCUAGUGCAGGGGUGGGCAAAUUUUUUGACUCGCGGGCCACAAUGGGUUCUAAAAUUUGACGGAGCGGCCGGGCCAGGAACAGAUGGAUGGAGCGUUUGUGUGAAUUAAUAUAAAUGACGUGUACAAAUCAUU